UCUUUUGUUGGAUUUCAGGUUGGCCAGAAAGUUGGAACUACAGUACAAAACAGAUUUGGUAAGCGAACCCAUAGACUUCUAUUGUAAUAUUCUUAAAACUUCAUGAAGAAAAAAGAAGAGUAUAAAAAAUAAAUGUAGUUCAGUGUCCUAUUAUUGUACAUUGUUUACAUUCCCUGAGUCAUAAGAGAACCUUUUUUUUGGCAGGAAGGAAAAUCUUAGAGCUUGGAGGAAAUAAUGCCAUUAUUGGUGAGCUGCAUAUUUUACAAUAAUCAUUCUUAUAACAUCAUAAUGAAAUCAAUUCCGUAGGGAUAUCUUCUGCUCCCAUGUGGAGCAAAAGAAAUAUGCAAAAUUGGAAGCCAUUUUCAUUUUCUGCGGCAUACAGCCUCUCUGAAAUUAUCUAUAGUACUGCAUUUUUCCUAAGUCUUUGCCAUUGCAAGUGGGUGGGGUUUUUUUUAUCAGCAACAUGUCCCUGUGGAAUUAGCUUUCCACACUGGUGAUAAAAGCUCAGUGUGUGUAUUAAUCUCCUUACAUUUCCUCACCAAGACCUUUUUUACUUGUUGAUCAUUUUCUAUAUUAAUUUUUCUUAUGACCUUAUGUCUGAUUGAGCAGUGUUGCUAUGAGGAGCAAUUAACUGUUAGUAGACACUCUUAGGCGUGAAAUGUUAAAGCUCAUAAUAUGGGUGGCUGUUAAUGGAACACAAGUUGUACUCAUUACUGUACUGCAUGAACCACUUGCAUUAAUUGGUGACUUGUCAUAGUAAAACUGAUUGAAACUGAGAUCUUAAUAACUUAAAAUCAAGUAAAAUUAGUAAAAAUAUACAACUGUUUUUUUUUGUCAGUAAUGAAUGAUGCAGAUUUAGAGCUUGCCAUCCCAUCAGUCUUGUUUGCAUCUGUUGGCACUGCAGGACAGCGAUGUACAACAACACGGAGAUUGGUAAAAAAAUACUUCUUUUACUCUUAUUUUAAGUACAGUUUGUAAACAUCAUUGGAUCAAUUUUGUCUUAUAGUGUACAGGUUUCCGACCCAACACAGCUGGUGGUCCUUUAAAGUUGGUUAAUUGAAUCCGAUUUUUGUAACAAGUCAACAAGGCAGUUUUAAUAUCUAUAGUUAAUUAUUAUCUUUUUCUUUGGUUAAAACAAGAGGAACUAAUCAUGAGUUUGAGUGCAUAAUUUAUUCUUUAAGUGGAGGUUUGUGAUAAGUUGUAAUCUCUAGAAAUGUACAAAAGGUUGUUGAUUCCUAUCUCUCACCAUGCAGCCUCCUCUCUAGCUACUUGGUAGUGGUAUAUUUAAAUGUGCAAUUCAAUUUUUACUGAUAAAAAGAACAAACCUGGUAAACUAACAGGUGUUUUUUCAAUGGCUUUCCUUAGACUGUCCAUGAAGACAUUCAUGAUGAAGUGGUAGAACGUUUAAAAAAAGCCUAUGCUCAAGUCAGAAUUGGAGAUCCUCUGGAUGGUGGGUGGAAGAUGUCUUAAAUAAAUGUGCAGUCCCAAGAAAGAAUAAGCAUACCCAUUCUUAUUUGUCGAGGUCAAAUUUUUCUUGUAUUUUGCAGAGGAUACUCUUUAUGGUCCAGUUCAUUCUGAAAUGGCCAUUGACAUAUAUAAAAAGGCUGUCGGUGAUGCUCAGAAGCAGGUCCUAUAUUAAAUAUUUAUUUUAUAAAUAUGUUGUCUUUAUGUGAUCAUCAAGUGUUUGAAAGGAAAUUUUUGUCUUUUGUGUCUGUCAUUGUCCAUGGUAAUUUUUCUAAUCCUGCCUAAUGGUUUCGUUUUGUUUUGUUUAGGGAGGAAGAAUUACUUAUGGAGGAAAGGUAAGAGGGUCAAGAUUUUAAUAUUGUCAUACCCUGUGAACAGUGGUUUCUCUCUUGCAUGGCUCGUAGCACGUACUAAGUCAUAUGCGUGGCUUGUUUAUCAUGCCUUGGGGAGUAUAAAACAAACCAACUAUGCAACAGACAAGCUACACAAACAACUUCGUAAACACUAAAAGCCAUGUAAGAGAGGAACCUUUGCCUUGCAGGGUAUAAUAUUAUUGUCAACAAUGCUCAGUUUGUAAAUUGGUCUGAAUUGGCCUCUUUUAAUUUUUCAUUGAGAAUAUUUCUUGGAACUUCAAUUCAAAGUUGUUGCUGACACCCCUUUUAGGUACUAGACAAGGCUGGCUUCUAUGUUGAGCCUACAAUCGUCACUGAUCUUCCUCAUGAUGCAGAAAUUGUACAUCGAGAAUCAUUUGUUCCCAUUUUAUAUGUUCUCAAGUGCAAGGUAAUAUUGUUUUGUUUAUUUUUUUCAUGUAUUUAGAAGUUCCACUACAUUCUUGGUGAUUAUGUUCACAUAAUAAUUAAUAAACAAGCAGCAGUGUUUUGUCAGGUUUAAAAUCACAAGCAGAAGGUAAGUGAUUUUACACCUGAUAAAACAUGUGCUGUGAGUUUAUCAAAUGUCCAAAAAGACAUGCCUGGAAAAGUGUGUCUCAAUUAUAAUAGAGUUCAGAAAAGAAUGAUGCUUUUGUGAAAGUUGGAAAUGCGCAUACGGAAAAAAAAAAAUAUUAAUAAUCAAAGGAGUUCAGGCUUCAGAAGUAAUCAUUGAUCGUUUAUUGCGACAGUGCUGUUUUCGUAUGGUCCGAAAUUGCAGGACCACACUCAUCAGGUAACUUCAAAAAUAAAAUUAGAUAUGAAAUUAGUAUGCAAGAAAAAUCACAUCUCCCCCUCUUUUGAACUUUCUUCUAUGAACGACACUAACCAAAGAGGACAUGGGGUCCACCUGAAAUGAUAUGUGACAUUUGGCCACUGAACGAAAAUGUUGAGUUUUCAAGCCACCAUUGAAGAUCAGCAUGUUCAGUACAAAUUAGGCUCUGGAUCUAAUAACUACCUUAUUUGGCCAGGAGGUAAGACUGACUCAGUUGUCAUGUUUGAAUGAUAAAUAAGUAUGUUAAUGUUGUUCACUUCAGAGCUUUGAGGAGGCUGUUAGUUGGAACAAUGAAGUCAAGCAAGGAUUGUCCAGCAGCAUUUUCACAAAGGACCUAGGCAAAGUGUUUAACUGGAUGGGGUAAGCCUAGCAAAGAGUUAAUUUCAGUCUUUCUGAGGUACUAUAAAAUUCCAAAAAUAAACCCCUCUAUGUAUAAGCCCCUCCAAAUAUAAGCCCCCCAAACUCGUAAUGCAAAAAACCCUCCGUUAAAUCACCCCUCCAGGUAUAAGCCCCCCCAGGGGGCUUGUACUUGGAAAUUGCCCUCAAAUACAAAGUAAAACAAAGCAAAAAUGGUUAAUUUCCUUCCAACUAAAAGGCUAGCCCAAUCGAUUUUGAAACACAAAUUUUCCUCCGUAGAUAAGCCCCUCUGAAUAUAAGCUCCUCCAAAAAUAAGCCCCUCAAAAAGGGCCGUUGAAAAAUAUAAGCCCCAGGACUUAUUUUCGGAAUUUUACAGUAUACUACUAACAACCAUUUGUAAAAUUGUUUAGACAUCCUUGCUAACAAAUAACUUGAUUACGACUAGGGCCAUUUAUUGAAAAGUUCAGGUAAAUAACCACAUUCACCCCCUUUCUCUUGCCUGUUGAAAGUCUGGGCUUUUUGCAACUUUGAUUAGAGGGAAAGGUGAUGAAUACAUGUUACAUACUUUGGGUCUAAAACGAUGCUGACUACCAAGCAAUAGCAAUAAAGGGGCUCAAGCUUUUACUGAUUGUUUGUUUUAUUCACCAGUUUAGGUUCUCUUCAAAAUAUGAUAUUACAAUAUUGGAUCAUCUAAUUAACAAGCAUUCCACUGAAUCUGAAUCAAUAAAUUAAUCUGCUGAGGGAGGAUGGUGAAAGUUUUAAACUAGGCAGAUUUCUUAGUACCUUAGUGUUACUGUCUUUCAGUCCAUUGGGAUCUGACUGUGGUAUCGUCAAUGUAAAUAUUCCAACAAGUGGAGCAGAGAUUGGAGGCGCCUUUGGUAAGUCAUACAAUGCAAGUCCUGCACUUCCAAGUGUCCUGUGAUUGCAUUCAAAAUUACCAGUAUUUCUUGGGGAAUUUCUGGCUGACUGAACAUUGUUCUCAUUCCACAAGGUGGGGAGAAGCAUACAGGAGGUGGCAGAGAAUCUGGAAGUGAUGCAUGGAAAGCUUACAUGAGGAGGUCAACAUGGUAAUAUCAAAAAUUUGUAACUUGAAAAAAUCAUUUGAAAAUGUACCAUUAAACACCCUUCUAGCAGAAUCGCUUCAACUUUCCUAGAUAAGAAACGCCUUGGCCUUCCUCUUCCCAACUUACCUAGAUUCUGUUUGCAGGGUAAUAUUAUUACACUGUAAGUGCACUCAAAUGAUCUACUAGCAUCAGGGAUAAAUUUUAUGAAAUGAUGUAUAGAAUACUGCAGGGGAGCAAACGCCACAAAAGUUAUCCUAUAGACAAAUUUACAACUGUUUUAUUAUCAGUAAAAUGCUUGAGUUCUGGUUUCGUUAAUUCUUUACUUUGAAACCCUAAAAAAUGCCUGCAAUUUCAUUCUCUCUCCACUAUCUUGUAUUACUUUUAAACAUAACAUACCAUGCUAUGAGGUUCUAAAAACAGUCUUGUUGUUUUUCUCAGCACAAUAAACUUCAGCAAAGAGUUGCCCCUUGCCCAAGGAAUCAAGUUCGGCUAA